CUCUCCAUAUGGGCUUCCUGGGUCAAUAAUCUUCCCCGGCUUUCCCACCCUUCCUUUCUCGCAACACCACCCCACCUACUCUACUUUCUGGGAAAAUAACCACACGAUCUUGUUCAUUUCGUUUCCUAGUUUUCCAGGUCUCCCGUCUUCAACCCCACACUGGGCUGGCUCGUUUUCUUUUCCCCCGUCGAUUGCCCUGACGCCUGUUGUCCCUCCAGCUCGAGACGGGCGCUCAAUUUUGCGCGGGUUCUCCCACCCGCCCACCACGCCACUGAACCUCGGAUUCGCGAUUGUUGCAGUCCUAAUUUCGAUCCCCUUACAGCGCUAGCAAUGGCCACCGGCGAUACUGCUCCGCCGAUCGCUCUGGCGAGCUCGCCGCCGCCCUUCCUGGGCCAAAGCUCCAGCAAUCUGUCCAGCCCCCUCAGCGAUGUGGAAGACAAGGACAUAGACCCCGAUGAGAUGGAUCUUGGCGGCCUAACACGCAAUGUCGCACGCCUCGGCACACCAGAACCUCGAGACGAAGACGACGACUUCGCGUCGAGACCUAAUUCGGACGGUGAGAGUAAGCUGUCCGAAAUCGACGCCAACGACUCGGAAGCCGAAACUGAGCGACUCUACGACACCCCUCCCAAGAAUACACAAGGUCGCGGGCUUGUCAAUGGAGUCAAAGACGCGGGCGGUAAACAAUUCAUUGAUCGGCGCAAUGCGCCCUUUGAGCCCAGUCCCAGCAAGCUCCAGCAACAGGUCCGGCCCGCCGCAGACGCGGGAGACGAAGGCAGCGACGAUGACUCGCUACCCGACGACGACCCUGACUACUCCAUGCCCUCUAUUUUAGCAGAUCGUCGUCGAGCAGAUCGUCGUCGCACGAAGGACCGCCAAUCUCGGUCGCCGUCGCCCUCCAAGCACACACCGCAGACGAAAGUCCAAGAGGCCAAACCCGCCGAAGACUCUACAGAUACUCGGAAACGCAAGCGCUCCUCGGUUGCAGAACAGUCCGAGCUGGAUCAACCCCUCAGGAAGCGCACCUGUUCGAUCAGCCCCACCGACCACGAGUUUUCUGCAGACAACACUGCUGCCCCCGACGACGAGGGUUCUUCUACCAAUACCCGAAGCGGCGAGCACACUGGUGAGGAGGAUAGCACUGGCGACCGCGAGGUUGCGCACGAUACCAAGGACGAAGCUGCCAAGUCUAUUGAGGAUACCACGACCGAGCCCAGCCGGUCGAGGAAGCCCAAACGCAAUGGUGUCAGGAGGCGCAAGAGCCCCGACGACGGCACAGAAGGGCUGAACGAGAGCACCCCAGAGCAUGGCGAUAGGGCUGCCACCGCCGACGAAGACACUAUACGAACCGGAGAGGAGGAGCAAGCUGAGGGAGAUGUUGAUGAAGAAGCAGAAGUGGCUCUUAGAAAUGAAGAAGAGCUGGAGAGGAAGAAAUCCGCCUGGGAGGAGCUAUCUGCUAUCGAGAAGCAAUUUAGCAAUUUCCGAGAACGGCUCUAUCAAGAACGUCUAGAUCAGCUCAACCAAGAGGAAGCCAUGCUUACGGCCGACACUCCCUCCCACCCCGAGUACCUAGCCAUGCUCCGGUGCAUCGACGAGCGGCGCGAAGAGAGAAUACGGGUCAGCAAAGCAGAAUUGCAGCUCAACAUGGAUGCCCUCAAGCGAAAAGCUGUUUCAGAGCGAGCACAGAUCAUAUCCCAAUAUUUCCAAAGUGUCCGAGAAUCACGGGAGAAGGUCCUCGAGGCACUCGGCAAGGAGUGGUACGAAAUCCAGCACGAGCGCAGGCGUGACGCAAACCAUGUUCCAGAUUACGGCAUUCGCUUCCCCAGCACGAAGACGCAGUGUAUUAGGCAUGCCGUUGCCUACAACAAGGAGGUGUCCAUCCUGUCAGGCUUCGCAAAGUACAAGGGCUUCCCGGCUGCUCCUACCAUUGCAGGGGCGUCUGAGGAUCAGUUGGAUGAGGAUUUCGAUUCCAUAGAGCGGGCAAAGCAGUCCAGCGUUCCACCAGCUUCGACUCAACCGAUUCACACAGACAUCGCCGCCGGUUCGCCGUUUGGACGAAGCCUCGGAGCUGCUGGGGAGCAGUUCCUUGAGCAGACGCCUUGGGCGAACCCUAAUCACCCCUCACAUCAAAUCCAAAGACAACACUCCGAGCAAGGCCCAAACCCUGCAGCAUCGCUAUCUGGGCUUUCAGGGAACCGACGGCAUUCGCACCAACCUGGCGGGCCGUCUUCUUCCAACGUCCAUCCCAGUUCUAUACCGAACGGUGGUCCACCGGUGCAGAUGCACAAGUCGCACUCGUCUAUAGGGCAUGAAAACACAAAGUCGAAACUAAUCCCGGGAGGCGGAUUGAAGCGCGAGGCUGUCCUGCAGGCCUCUUGAUUUGUGCCAUGCCCACUCGCUUAUAUCGUUUAGUCUCAUGAGCGGCGAGACCUGUUUUGUCGAUCAUCAGCGAGCCCGCAUGAGAUCUAUUUCUCCAGGCAGGAUUGCCUGGAAUCAGUUUUUGGUUGCCUCCACUCCAUGAGGCGAGGGUCGGAGACGAGGGGAGAGUCAAUGCAUUGCGUCUGUGGUCAUGACGACCGGGUCCGCGCGUCUCGGCAGGAGACGCCCUUUAUACAAAGGUUUUCGGAUCCCAGCAUCAAUGGCGCGUAAAUAUACAUGUUUAUAUGGGAGGCGUUUUUUUUCCGGGGGAGUUAUCAUCCCCACUGCCAAAGGGGUUGGGUGGAAUGGCGUUGCUCUCUUCUUCUUCACAGUUCCUUCGCAAAUACCUCUUGCACGUAGUCCAAUAUAACUAUACAGCA